AAGCAUCCAUUGUCGUCCAGCGGUUAGGAUAUCUGGCUUUCACCCAGGAGACCCGGGUUCGAUUCCCGGCAAUGGAACUUUUUGUCUUUUUUAAAUCACUUUUUUUGCUUUUCAACUCAACUCAACUAGUUUAGUGAUGAUGACAAAGUCUUGAAUCUUAAUCCAUAGAAAAACAAACACAGAUUCCAUUCCAAAUCGGAUUUUUAAACCCGUUUAGUGUGAAUAGUACAAACAAAAAUAAACUGACAGAUGGAGAAAGUGGGCCCGGCGGCGUCAGUAAAAAUAAUACUAACAACAGGCAGUCAGUCCCCACUUCCAUUUCUUACUUUCUUCUUUCGUUUUCUUCUUCUUCUUCUUCUUCUCUUCACACUUCAAUUCACUCAUUCAUCUUUUUCCCAUAACCGUUUCUGUUUCUAAAUCUAACAAACAUAACAAUAAUGAUAGAUGUAGUAACUGAUUCAGAUCCUUACUAGUUCAUCUUCCUUUUACUUCAUUCAUUCAUUCAUCACAAUUCAAAUCGGUGAAGUUUCUUUAUAAGACCUAAAAUAUGUCCGUUACGGAGCUGAAAGAACGUCACAUAGCAGCGACGGAAACCGUCAACAAUCUCAGAGAACGUUUGAAGCAGAGACGUCUUUCUUUGCUUGAUACAGAUGUUGCUGGUUAUGCAAGGUCUCAAGGUAGAGCUCCUGUUACUUUUGGACCAACCGAUAUUCUUUGCUGUAGAACACUCCAAGGUCAUACUGGAAAGGUGUACUCAUUGGAUUGGACUUCAGAGAAGAAUCGAAUUGUUAGUGCAUCCCAAGAUGGAAGAUUAAUAGUGUGGAAUGCUCUAACAAGCCAGAAAACUCAUGCCAUAAAGCUUCCUUGUGCAUGGGUCAUGACAUGUGCUUUCUCACCAACUGGUCAAUCUGUUGCAUGCGGGGGCCUUGACAGUGUUUGCUCUAUUUUCAAUCUUAAUUCCCCCACUGACAGGGAUGGGAAUCUAAAUGUUUCACGGAUGCUUAACGGACAUAAAGGUUAUGUUUCAUCUUGUCAGUAUGUUCCAGGUGAAGACACUCACUUAAUCACUGGUUCUGGAGAUCAGACAUGUGUUUUAUGGGAUAUUACUACUGGUCUUAGAACAUCUGUUUUUGGAGGGGAGUUUCAGUCUGGACAUACUGCAGAUGUACUUAGCAUUUCCAUUAAUGGAUCCAACUCCAAAAUGUUUGUAUCCGGUUCUUGCGAUGCGACUGCCAGAUUGUGGGACACUCGUGUGGCUAGUCGAGCGGUGCGGACAUUUCAUGGGCAUGAGGGUGAUGUUAAUUCUGUUAAAUUCUUUCCUGAUGGAAAUAGAUUUGGAACUGGCUCAGAAGAUGGAACUUGCAGAUUGUUUGACAUUAGGACUGGACACCAACUUCAAGUAUAUAAUCAGCAACACAGUGACAACGAAAUGGCACAUGUGACCUCCAUUGCGUUCUCUAUAUCCGGAAGACUGCUUAUUGCUGGAUAUACAAAUGGUGAUUGUUAUGUUUGGGAUACUUUAUUGGCCAAGGUGGUCUUGAAUCUAGGAUCUCUUCAAAACUCUCAUGAGGGCAGGAUCAGCUGUUUGGGUUUGUCUGCUGAUGGAAGUGCUUUGUGUACAGGAAGUUGGGAUACAAAUUUAAAGAUAUGGGCAUUUGGAGGGCAUAGGAAGGUGAUUUGAGCCAUUCAUGGGUAAAGACUCAUACUUUGACUCCUUUGUCAGGGCCACUCCUUGUAGGGUAUUGUGGUUCAUCACAAUCUAGUACUGAUGCUUGUGAUGUUGACUUUGGUCAAAAUUCGAAGGCAUAGUUUAUAACCUUUAGCAAUGGAACUAGUGCAGCCUUUGUUUAUCUCCAUGCUCAUGGGUUGUUGUGUGUAAUCUAGGUGUAUACUUUUAAACCAAAAUGAAGGACUGUUUACUUUUUCAACUCCUCAAUUUAACUAUUUGAAGUAUGUGUAUGGUUCCACAUUGAGAGAACUAAAUGUAUGUUCACGGUGGUUAAAUGAGGGAUAGUUUGAUCCCAUUGUAAAAUCGAAUCUUCUUCAAAUCAAUUCCAGUCGAAUUAACUCUU